AUGCCGCAAGCACCACCAGCCACCUAUCCUCGCCCUGACUUCCUUCGGGAAGACCUGACCUGGAUAUCUCUGAAUGGCACCUGGUCGUUCCUCUUCGACGAUAACGAUGUUGGCAUAACGCGGGGCUGGCAUCUGAACGGCAUCCCCGAUGAAGUCACCGUGAACCCCACCAACACUAACAGCGCGGAGAACACCGAAGCACACAGUAUCACAGCCAGGAUCGCUGCUGGAACACAGGAGCUGUUACAAGGCAAUCAAUUCAAAAAUGAACACAAGGUGCACAAGAAGCGGGAUAUCCAGGUCCCGUAUGUAUUCCAAUGUCCGGCUUCAGGGAUUGAAGAGAAGGGUGUACAUGAGGUGCUUUGGUAUGAGAGAGAUGUUGAGGAUUUGCGGACCACCAAGGUUUGGGUCGAUGGGCAAUUCUACGGUGGCCAUCGUGGCGGACAUGUCCCAUUUGAUGUUGACAUCACAGACGCCUUUAUGAAAGGCAAGACUCACCGAAUAACUGUCAGGGUCUUUGAUUCUGCUCACGAUCUCACGCAGCCGCGUGGUAAGCAAUAUUGGAAGGCCCAGCCAGAGAGCAUAUUCUAUACACCAAGCGGCGGUAUCUGGCAGAACGUGUGGCUUGAGUCGGUGCCGCCUGUCCAGAUUGGAGACGCGAGUACCGGAACUUUGUUAAAGAGCAAUGAAAUUGAAGGUGGAAAUCUGCAUGCUAGUAUCAAGGUGCUUGGACGGCCAGCCGGGCACAACUACAGCGUUGAGCUUGAAGCCAGCCUAGGCGGUGUCGUGGUGAGCAAGACUGAGAAGACUGCUCUGCCCCAAGACGCAGACGCCGUCUCUCUCACAGCAAACAUGCGUCUCUCCACCACGCAAACUUCUCAACUGCCCUCUGAGCUUACAUCUACCGCUCCCCUUUCCGACCCCAUAGCCUGGCUCAACAAUGUUGCGCUUUGGUCCCCUGAGCACCCCACACUCUACGGAAUAACCAUCCGCCUAUACUCAGCAUCUUUGGAAACGCCAAUCGAUACCAUUCACACUACAACUGGCAUGCGCUCUCUCCAUUGGAACAAUUCUACUUUCCGCCUCAACAACCGCCCCUACUUCCAAGCCCUCUUCCUCGACCAAGGCUACUGGCCCACAACAUUCAUGACGCCACCCAGCUCAUCCGCCCUAAAAUACGAUAUCGAGCUCAGCAAAAACAUGGGAUUCAACGGCUGCCGCAAGCACCAAAAAGUCGAAGACCCAAUCUUCCACUACUGGGCCGACCGUCUCGGUUUCCUCGUCUGGGGCGAAAUGGCAAAUGCAUACGCCUUCUCGGAGGACUACGUGCAGCGCAUGGACCAAGAGUGGCGCGAGGCAGUCUUGAGAGACCGCAACCAUCCGUGCAUUGUCGCGUGGACGCCGGUGAAUGAAUCGUGGGCGUACACUGACUUGGGCGCGAGUAAAGAGCAGAGAGAUCACAUCAGAAGUCUGUAUUACGCGACCAAAGUGCUUGAUCCCACAAGGCCUGUAAACGACAACUGUGGCUGGGAACACGUGGUUACAGACCUAACCACAUUCCACGACUACGCUGAUGCAGAUGAGCUCACCAAUACGUGCAAGACUCUGGAUGGUAUCUUGGGCAAGAAAGCUAAUCGACCCAUGUUUCUAGCGCCGAUUGAGAACUUGGCAGAUCCAGGCUCCAAGCACACGCCUAGUGCACCGGUCAUCUGCACGGAGUUUGGUGGCGUGAAUAUUGCGCGCGAGGCUGCUGGAGGAGAUGAGGAUAGGACGCGUGACUGGGGCUACACGACAGCGACAGAUCCCAAAGACCUGCUGAAGCGCAUUGAGAAGAUGAUGAAGGGAAUUGUAGAAGGGGGACAUUGCUGUGGUUUUGUGUAUACGCAGCUUACGGAUAUUGAGCAAGAGGUCAACGGCGUGUAUACCCCCGACCGGAAGGAGAAGCUGGAUGCAGCGGAAGUGAAAAAGGUUGUCGAGAAGGUUAUGGAAACGUAUGCGCAGAUGCAUAAGUAG